AUGUGGUGGAUGGGGGAGAGAAAUUGGGGCCUUGGGUCUUUACUGGACUUUGUGGACUUGUUGGACGCGAAGGGUGGUAAGCGAAGAGAAGAGAGGAUGGGCGCCGAGGAGGGAUUCGACACCAAGGAGACAGGGGCGGGCGACGAGAGCAAGCAAAUUGAACAAGGACGACGGCCAACUCCAACGCCCGCCCGAGGUGAGUGCUAUCUGGCUGAGGCGACGAUUGUUCUCUCUCGACUGCCCGAGUCCGCCACCAGCCCGUAG